UUGUUCAUGUGUGAUUGGUUUGACGUUGGUGAUCCAAGGAGAGGGAUACGAGUUGAUAACCAUAUGUCCAGUAUCAACAUGGACAAGACUUGGUAUAAGGAUGAACCAUUUGUGUUAGCAUGCCAAGCUUCCUAAUGUUUUUACAUCAGAGAUAUAAGGGCGAAAGGGAGAUGGUUUGUGGUGCAAAAGUACACGAACAGGAAUGUAUAUAACAUUCCACCGGUGCCAAGGGUGUUAGAAGAUAUUGUUGGCGAAUCAAGUGAUGAUGAUGCCUAUCAAGAAAAUGAAUCAUCAAUUGAUUAUGCACCAUUGGAUUGUGAUGGAUGUCCAGUGUCAACUCCAUUGAAUAGGGAUGAUAUAGAACCUAUCUUGAUUGAUGCACGAGAAGGCAACGGUUUGGCUGGUCAAAACAUGGAUUCAACAGAUUUUAUUGACGAUGGCCUAGUUGCUUCUAGUUCAGGAGAUGCUUAUAGUGAUGGGGAAUAUUCAGAUGAGGAUGACCUACCCACAGACGACGAGUAUGUGUCAGAAUAGACAACCAGCCGUAAAGUUGAUGCACUUUUAUUCCAUAGUUUACCUUUUUUGUAAUGGGUGGGGGGAAAAAAGACGGCGUUGCAUUUAUUGUACAAGAAAUGAGGAGCAUCAACAUUCAAGGUGAUGCGACGGGAGAGAGUUUUUUAGGAAGAGGGGCUGCACAAGGUAUUCGUGCUCGAUGAUUUGUACCAUAUACAUGUAGAGCCCGCCGACCACGUGGAGUUCACAUCGCUUCAUACCAUUCCACUAGCUCAGAUGCAGAUCUGUCAGGCUCGGAUGACUCAACGCAGCCUCCCAGUCAUCCAUGGGAGCCACCAUGUCCAACUCCAAUAGUCUCACCCGGGCCAAAUAGAGAAUUGUCACCCGUAAUAUAACCCCCACCUAAUGGAGACAAUAUCGAUGUGACAGCCCCCACAAUGCCUAAAGCAAAUCAAGAAUAGCCCAAACGUAGACGUGGACCUGCUAAGUGUAUUGAGUUCGAGAAAGCGAGAAAGUAUGGCAAAGUGCUUUUGAAGAUUAAUGAUGGUGAAACAGCCCCGUGCUGCGAGAAUGCAUCCAUGUUCACGACACGGGUAACACGGAUAGUAAAAUAACAUUGCGACAUGAGUUGUGCAAAGUGGAUUGAUGUGCCUGAUGCUGAAAAGAAUGAGUUGAUCGAACGUGUGAGGGGUGACUUCGUUUUGGACUGGGAUCGGGAGAAUCAUAGAUUGGCCGUCUUGAAGCCGUUGCGUAAGCUGUUCAAUGCAUUCCAUCACGAACUACACAAAAAAUAUUUAUCAUAUGGAAGUCACGAAGAAGCAUUGGCUUCUGGGUGUACCAUGGUCAACGACAACAUCUGGGUUAAGUUGUGUGAGAGGUGGGAAACCGACAAAUUCAAGAAAAUCUCAGCACAAAAUCGGGAGAAUAGAAAAAGACUAACCGUUAACCACACAGCAGGCCGCAAAUCCUUUGUUAGGAUGUUGGAGGAGAAGCGGGCUACGAACGCGAAUUUGGUGGAGUUCUAUAAGGAGACCCGCUGGUCAAAGAAGAAUGGUAAAUUUGUCACCUCAGCCGCUGAAGACACUUAUAAGGAGAUGGUUGGCAAGAUGGAUGGUCUAGAGCCUGAACAACGCACCGAUGAGGCAACUGCGAGUGUAUUUAGGGAGGUACUUGGUUAGAGACCCAGAUACACAAGGGGGCUAGGCGAGAUGGUCAUCCCGGAGUCGACAAGAUAACGGGACCGUGACUG